CCUGUUGUCAUCAAUAUCCAAGGAAUCGACCUCUUCCUCUUCCUCCUGCCUCUUCUCUACAGUUGCUGGUCGUUGUUAAAGUUGUCUCCUGUAGCAUGCAUGUCCUGCUAUAUAUACACCUUCAUCUGGUCAAGUUGAUCUAAACUAGUAACCUACUUGCCCUGGACAAUCGUUGCCACUAACACCUGACAACAGUCAUUGUGGCACAUGGUCCGACUUCCACUUGCUUCCCCCAUUUUUUUCUGUUGCCAGUCUUCAUAAAGGGAAAGAAGCCCCAUGGACUUGAGGCUGCUCCAAUAUACUUGAAGACCUUGAUCAGUUGAAGGAAAACCCACCUCUUUGAUCAAGAAAAUGACGAACUCCCCGGGCCAUACCAUGUCCGCCAACUCGAGGCUGGAGGUCCCUGAAGGGGACUUCGGCUGCACUCUUGGGGACUUGCGGAAGCUCAUGGAGCUCCGUUCCGCUGAAGCCCUCCGCCAGAUCAACACCCACUAUGGGGGCAUUUCAAGCCUCUGUGCCACGCUGAAGACCAACCCUGUGGAAGGACUAUCAGGGAACCCUGCAGAUCUGGAGAAGCGUAGACAAGUAUUUGGACAAAACCUGAUCCCCCCAAAAAAGCCCAAGACCUUCUUAGGAUUGGUGUGGGAAGCCCUUCAGGACGUCACGCUCAUCAUCCUGGAGAUCGCAGCCAUCAUCUCCUUGGUUCUGUCCUUCUACCAGUCCUCCACGGAAACAAAUGAACAAUGCGGCAUGCCUGUAAGUGGCGCAGAGGAUGAAGGGGAAGCCCACGCUGGCUGGAUCGAGGGGGCCGCCAUCCUUUUCUCGGUGAUCAUUGUGGUGCUGGUAACAGCCUUCAAUGAUUGGAGCAAAGAGAAGCAGUUCCGAGGCUUGCAGAACCGUAUUGAAAAGGAGCAGAAAUUCUCUGUUAUCCGAAAUGGCCACAUUAUCCAACUUCCUGUGGCUGAGAUCGUGGUGGGUGACAUUGCCCAGAUUAAAUACGGUGACCUGCUGCCAGCUGACGGUGUCCUGAUCCAAGGGAAUGAUCUCAAGAUUGAUGAGAGCUCUCUCACUGGAGAGUCAGACCACGUCAAGAAGUCUGUGGAAACUGACCCCAUGUUGCUUUCAGGAACACAUGUCAUGGAAGGGUCUGGCCGGAUGGUCGUGACGGCUGUGGGUGUCAACUCCCAAACUGGAAUCAUCUUUACCCUCUUGGGGGCCAGUAAGGGAGAAGAGGCAGAGAAAAAAAAGAAAGGUAAAAAACAAGGAGUCCCUGAAAAUCGCAACAAAGCAAAAACUCAGGAUGGUGUGGCCCUGGAGAUCCAGCCCCUCAACAGCCAGGAGAAUGCUGACCAAGAGGAGAAAGAGAAGAAGGUGGCCAAGAUGCCCAAGAAGGAGAAGUCGGUGCUACAGGGCAAGCUGACGCGCCUGGCUGUUCAGAUCGGGAAAGCUGGUCUCAUCAUGUCCGCCAUCACCGUCCUCAUCCUGGUUCUCUACUUCGUGAUUGACAACUUCCUCAUCCAGGGCAAUCCCUGGCUUGCUGAAUGCACGCCCAUCUACAUUCAGUACUUUGUGAAAUUCUUCAUCAUCGGCAUCACUGUGCUGGUGGUGGCAGUGCCAGAGGGGUUGCCGCUUGCAGUCACCAUCUCCCUGGCCUACUCUGUGAAGAAAAUGAUGAAAGACAAUAACCUGGUACGGCACUUGGAUGCCUGUGAGACGAUGGGCAAUGCUACCGCCAUCUGCUCUGACAAGACGGGCACCUUGACCAUGAACCGCAUGACCGUGAUGCAGGCCUACAUUGGGGACACUCACUAUCGUCAGAUUCCCAGCCCCGAUGUCCUGGCACCCAAGACCCUGGAGCUGCUUAUCAAUGGCAUCGCUAUCAACAGUUCCUAUACCUCCAAGAUCCUGCCUCCAGAAAAGGAGGGGGGCCUGCCACGGCAAGUGGGCAACAAGACCGAGUGCGCCUUACUAGGCCUCGUCACAGACUUGAAGCAGGACUACAAUGCCGUGCGCAGUGAGGUGCCUGAGCAGAAGUUCUACAAAGUCUACACCUUCAACUCGGUGCGCAAGUCCAUGAGCACUGUCAUCCAGAAGCCGGACGGUGGCUUCCGCAUGUACAGCAAGGGCGCCUCAGAGAUCAUCCUCCGCAAAUGUAACCAGAUCCUGAAUCGGCAAGGGGAUGUCAGGCCCUUCAAGAUCAAGGACCGAGACGAGAUGGUGCGGACCGUCAUCGAGCCCAUGGCAUGCGAGGGGCUGCGGACCAUCUGCAUCGCCUACCGCGACUUUAACACUGAGCCCAUAUGGGACAAUGAGCCUGAGAUCCUCACAGAGCUUACCUGCAUCGCUGUGGUUGGCAUUGAGGACCCUGUGCGCCCUGAGGUACCAGAUGCUAUUGCCAAAUGCAAACGAGCUGGCAUUACUGUUCGAAUGGUGACAGGAGACAAUAUCAACACAGCCCGGGCCAUUGCUACCAAGUGCGGCAUCCUGGUCCCUGGCGAGGAGUUUCUAUGCUUGGAAGGCAAACAAUUCAAUCAGCUCAUCCGCAAUGAGAAGGGCGAGGUGGAGCAAGAAAAGCUGGACAAAGUCUGGCCUCAGCUUCGGGUACUGGCACGAUCUUCCCCCACUGACAAGCACACACUGGUGAAAGGCAUCAUUGACAGUACUGUGGGGGAGCAGCGGCAGGUGGUGGCCGUCACGGGCGAUGGCACAAAUGAUGGUCCAGCACUGAAGAAAGCAGAUGUUGGCUUUGCCAUGGGCAUCGCGGGCACAGAUGUAGCAAAGGAGGCAUCAGACAUCAUCCUCACCGAUGACAACUUCACCAGCAUCGUGAAGGCCGUGAUGUGGGGCCGAAAUGUCUAUGACAGCAUCUCCAAGUUCCUGCAGUUCCAACUCACUGUCAACGUGGUGGCUGUGAUCGUGGCCUUCACCGGAGCCUGCAUCACUCAGGACUCUCCACUGAAAGCUGUGCAGAUGCUGUGGGUGAAUCUAAUCAUGGACACUUUUGCCUCACUGGCUCUGGCCACGGAGCCGCCAACAGAUUCUCUGUUGAAGCGCCACCCUUAUGGGCGAAACAAGCCUCUUAUCUCACGGACUAUGAUGAAGAACAUCCUAGGCCACGCGGUGUAUCAACUCGUCGUCAUCUUUUGCCUUGUCUUUGCCGGUGAGAAGUUCUUUGACAUCGACAGCGGGAGAAAGGCCCCUCUCAACUCUCCGCCCAGCCAGCACUACACCAUCAUCUUCAACACCUUUGUGCUGAUGCAACUUUUCAACGAGAUCAACUCCCGCAAGAUCCAUGGAGAGAGGAACGUCUUUGAGGGCAUCUUCCGCAACUACAUCUUCUGCUCUGUGGUCCUGGGUACAUUCAUCAGCCAGAUUGUCAUCGUGGAAUUUGGGGGCAAGCCCUUCUCUUGCGCGAAACUUACCCUGUCCCAAUGGCUUUGGUGUUUGUUCAUUGGGAUUGGAGAACUGCUGUGGGGUCAGUUCAUCUCCAUGAUACCCACCAAGUCCCUGAAGUUCCUGAAGGAAGCCGGGCAUGGAACCACAAAGGAGGAGAUCACCAAGAAUGCUGAGGGGCUGGAUGAGAUCGAUCACGCAGAGAUGGAACUUCGCCGCGGCCAGAUCCUCUGGUUCCGGGGCCUGAACCGAAUCCAGACUCAGAUCGACGUAAUUAACACUUUCCAGACGGGAGCCUCUUUUAAGGGAGUUCUAAAGCGACAGACCAUGAGUCAGCACCCUGAGAUAACACAGGUUCCUAGAGCCUCACAUAUCAAAGUGGUGAAAGCAUUCCAUAGUUCCCUCCAUGAAAGCAUUCAGAAACCCAAGAGCCAUGACUCCAUUGACAACUUUAUGACCCCCCCUGAAUUCUCCAUAUAUGAAGAAGUGCCCAGAACACCACUCCUGGAAGAAGUGGAGGACCAUCUGGAAACGGAAAUGGUUUCUCAGAGUGGGAUCAAUAUGCACCAGCCGGAUGGUAUCGUUACUCCACAUGACAAUAAAAACAACAAUGCAAUGGCUGCUAGUCAGGUGCAGAUUGUUGCUUCGCACUCAGACAACCCUCUACACAGCCUGGAGACAUCCGUUUGAAACGCCACUCCCAACCUUGCUUUCUCUGUUUCCUCUUUUAAUCUAUCCAGUCUAUAAAGUGAUGAUGGGACUUUUCACCAUCUGCCUCUAAUCUGCCAUCUUGUCAGACAUGGUGGUUUCUAAAUGACAGUCUUUGACUAUAUUUGUGGUAUGUAGCUUUUACUGUGAGCUUGAUCUUUCUUCUUUUGCUAAAGUGGUGGAAAAGAAUGAACUGAGGAUGCUGCUGCCUCCUUACUAAACCUGGAUAUUAAGGACCAGAAUUCUGGCAGGUCUAGGACAAGACAGACCAUCAAAGCCCACUGAGGCAGGGGCUGCCUUGGAAUGACCACUGCUGCUUUCAAAGCCAUCUGCUGAGACUCUUCCCAGGCCACACAGGCAAUGAGGGAGUGAAUGUCAGAGACUGGAGUCUGCAAAAUUUGAGAUUCCUCUCUUCUGAGAAACCAGAAACCUGCUUUUCUACUUCUGUUCUUCAUCAUAUCCACUUACUCUUCUAGCAAGGAUUCCAAAAAGGAUCUAACCUUUUCUCGAAGACUCUGUGAUUACGAAUCCCAUGUGAAAGGCUCCAGAGACAUUUCAUUGACCUAAAGGAGCAUCAGACCUGCUCUGCCGAGCUCCACACAGUCUGCACUUCUCCGCUCUCCCUCGGGCCACACUGCAAGGCCUGGACCUUCUUUUCCUCGCACUGCCCACUGCAGCCCCUUACUGCUGUCUCUUGGAACUGGGGCCCAUGAAGAGCUGUGUCUCCGAGCUCCUAUUUGAGACAAAGCAGUUUUCCAUUUCUCUCCCUGCUGAGGUGUCCUUCUUUACUAGGGAUAGCUCAUGUCUGCCCAUUCUCAUCUUCCCAUAAAUAAAUGAAGCCUCUUUUUAGCUAGAGUGAGGGGAGUGGGAGAAAAGAGGUGGGGGCUCGUAUGAACUGCCAAAUUUCUCCUGUUGCGACAGUUACCUCACCCUAUCCUCUCUAACCAGCUCUUCUAGUGUUCUCCUGUACCCCUUUAAUCUGAACUGUCCAAGGUGAAAAGAGCCAAGAAAGGCCACCCCUUCCAAAUCCCCAUCCCAUCAUAAUCCACCAAAUGAGAUUUUGGUUUUACAGUGGUUCUACUUUUCAGCAAUCUAAAAUGCUCAUAAUGGGGAGUGAGUGGGAUUGCGGAGGAAAAGUUCACCCAACAUAUUAGGUGUGUCCACAUAUAUAUUUUUAAGUACAUAUAUUGGAAUAAUGAGUUAUGUAAGUUUCUUAUUACCUCAUCAGUUUUUUAAAACCAAGCCAAUAACAAUCUUUGGAGGCUCUUUUACCAUUCCUGCACCCACAAGACUCUCAUGGUGCCUGACAGCUUACUCUGGAGGGCUUGUGUCUGCUUGUAAGCCAGCUGUUUUGUGUGUAUGUGUGUAUAUUCUAGUUUUCAUGAUAGGAGAGUAAAUAUAGAAAUAUUAUGCAAAAAUAUAUACUUUUCUUUAGCUCAGAAACUGUUAUUUUUGAGUCAGCCAUAUGUAUUUUGUUUAAAAAGUUUAAAAUAAAGUGCUGUUGUGUCACCCUGUGGAUGGAGCACAUAGCAGGUGAAUUUGUAUAUUUGUGAUUGAUCUUAAAACCAAUGCAUCGCACUUCCCUUCUCCCAACAGCCAUCUUUAUACUUGGGGGGUGGGGGAAGCAUUGGGUUCUAGAUUUUUUUUAAUAUAAAUUUUGUUGAUAUGGAAUUUAAUGAGUUCUAGUGUUUAUAUGCAUAUGUUUUUAUAUAUAAGGGUUUACCCCCCCCCCAAUUUGGUUUCAGUGAUCCAACUGGCUGUGAGUAACUAACUAUGGCAUAAAUUAAUAAAACUUCUCCCCCUCCCUCCAAAAGGUGCUUUGGAUUUGAAAAGGGGAGAUUUGAUGGGGAGAAAAGGAAUGUAUCGGCUUAGGGUCCUUUCAGAACGUGCUAAAAAUAGGUAGUGAACCAAAAUUGGAAGGAAAGUACCAGGCGAAGAGGGGAGCCCCAGGACAGAAUGUGCCCCAGAGUCCUAGGAGCAGAACUGUGGCUGAAAUUGUUUCAGGAAAAGCAGUGGGCAAAGUGGUACCCAGGGUUUGACUCGGGCUCCAAGAGGACCUAGAUUUGAGAUUUUCAUUUUCUAGCUUUUCUUUUUCCUGGAGUUUUCUAGUGGUGAGUUUUUGUGCACAGGCGUCUGUUGAGACUUCCCCUAAAAAGAUUCUGCACAAGGUAUUCGAUGGGGAAAGAGUUCUAGGUGGAUAAAACAGAGGCUGAUUCUAGCUGGAGUGAUAGCCUAAGGACCAGUCCCUUCUGCAGGGUCCCCCUGCCUGCUGAGAUAACCCCCACUCUUCAAGGGGGUGGAAGUAGACCAGGAACACCCCUGGUUCCUGUUUAAGCUGUCAGGUUUCUUGUUGAGCUUCAGAACAAAGAGAGCCAGUGGGAUGUAGCCAGCUCAUUUGGGCCCUGGAGCACUAAGGACUCCCUUCCUUUCUUGCAUAUUUCUUUACCUAAGAGGGAAGCCACCAUCACAAAAAGCAUACUUCCUGUGUGUCCAACCUCGGGACCACCCAGCCAUUCUACGGGGGCACUAGACCUACCUUGGAGCUGAAGAGAUAGUUAAGUGGGGAGCGAGCCUGCUUUGCACAUGACCCACCCCCAACUUCCCAUAAAGUACUGCACCAGUAGUGAUUCCUGAGUUCAGAGCCAGGAAUAACCCCUAAGCAUCACUAGGUGUGGUCUACUAUUAAUAAGCCAUCCCAGCAACUCAGACACCAGAACAGACCAUACAUAUCCCACAUUAGCUGGGAGCAGCCCUCUGCCUCCUCCUGCUCAGAAACCACCUGGCCAUCAGGAGAGAAGGAAGGAGGCACUCCCAGCUGCUGCAUGGGCCUUAGGGUCUCUCCCCAUGUGUAUAUGCCAUGUGUGAAUAUGCCAUACAUAUGUGCCAAUAAUCUGUCCAUUUUCAAGUCAGUAGGAAAAGGAUUUUGAGUCUCCCCUCCACCCUUAUUUUGGUUUGUAAUGAUUGUAACAAGCACUCAUUUUUUGUAUGAAAAAGACACAAAAAAUUGACAGUUGUGGUCUGCAUGGCAUAGACAACAUGAUGACCUAGAGCUGCAUGCACACGUGUGUGUGUGUGUGUGUGUGUGUGUGUGUGUGUGUGUGUCCGUUCUAAUUUGCAGUCCAGCUUAAUCGUGCACCUAAUCUCUUGGCAUUUUGAUACUCUUCAAGCUCUCUGUGCAAUGUUUUGCAUGUAUUUAUAUGGUUCAUAGGGGGAGUGGCUGCUAUAAAAACUGGCAAAUCUGAAAUUUGUUAUCCCACUGAGAUGGGAAUAUUCAAAGAUGGGGGGAAAACCAGGAGAAAAACUGUGGAGCCAAUAAAACUGGUUGAUGAUCUGAAACCAAUAUGCCACUCACUAAGAAUAAAAGUCCGUUCCCACUGA